AAACUACUAUCGGAGAAACAUCUUGACUCCAUCCCCAUCUUUCACUACCUACCCACAGCCAAAAUGGCCAAAACCGCAAAGCUCAAGAAGAAGCAAUCAACUCAACACUCCCGCGCCGCCCGCCGCGCCGUCUCGCCCACCGACCCCUCCAUAAUCAAAGCCACCACUGCAAUCACCACACGAACAACCUCCGCAAGCCCCCCACCCGACGCUGGUUCGCAAAAGCCCCAUGUCCUCGCCGCACAAAAUGCUGGAAUCCAAAAACGGUCAAAAGGGAAGCAGAUGACCCGCGCGCAGCGCCAGCGCCAGUUGAAAGGUAUGGAGCGUGCGGAGCAGAACAUGGAUAAGUUGGAAUUGAAGGUUGCCAAAAGUGUAGGCAGGGAGAGGAAGGUGAAGGAGAGGGCGAAGGGGUGGGAAGAAGUGAAUGCUCUGCCAGGGAAAGGAAAGAAAGGAAAGAAGACAAAUGGAGAGGUAGAUGAGGAUGGUGAUGAGGCCGUUAGUAAGAGUGAGAGGAGGUGGGAAUUGGAUGAAGAGAUGGAGGACGGAGGUGCGCUGGAAGAGACGCCUGUUGCUGUGGGUGGUGAGGUCAAGGAGAUGAACGCUGUAGUUCCCGAGACGGCCCCCGUGCUUGCUGCUAAGUUUGACGACGAGCUUCUAUGA